AUGUGGGCUCUGACCGCUAUCACACUCGUCUUUGUCGUUCUCCGUAUCUACACUCGAGCGUUUAUCGUCAAGUCAUAUGGAAUCGACGACCACGUUUACCUCCUGGCUUUCAUAUUGCUCGUUCUCUACACAACAUUCACGACAUUCUCGGCGCAUUAUGGUUUCGGCCAAAGUCUUAGAGACAUUCCCGACCCAGAUGACGCUGUGCAAGCAAUCCUCUUCGAGGCCAUUGGCCAAACAUUCGCAGUAGUGGGCAUGGCCGUUGCGAAAUGGUCCCUCGGGCUCUUCUUACUCCGACUGGUCAACAAGAAGUGGCACAAGAUUGUCAUCUGGAUAUCCAUGGGGUGUCUCAUGGGCGCCUCCAUCUCGACUUGCUUCGUUUUCUGGUUGCAGUGCACGCCGCCGUCAUACCUAUGGGACCGCCGCAUUCCAGGAGGAUUCUGUAGCGUUGACUCGACGCCUGUUUCGAUGCUACUCUGCAUCUUAUGUGUUACCGUCGAUUUCUUCUAUGCCGUCUUCCCUUGGUUCUUCAUCUGGAGCCUACAGAUGAACUCGCGAGAGAAGAUUGUCGUCUUGGGCAGUCUGAGUCUCGGAAUAUUCGCCGGAGCUUGCGGAAUCAAGCGGACGAUCGAAGUUCCCCAGCUGUCAAGUUCUGACUAUCUUAAUGAUACUGUCGGGCUUAUCGUGUGGUCCGCUGCCGAGAUUGCUGUCACCAUGAUUUGCAUUGGCAUUCCGGUUUGCCGGCCACUUUACAAGCGUUACCUAGAGAAGCUGACCUCUCGCGAUUCCGACAAGUACCCAGAGCACAGCGAGGGCGCGUCGUACGGAUUGAGAACAUUUGGCGGAGCCCCAAUGCACCCUGGACAACAGGUCAAGGAUGACGAAGGCUCAGACGGGGCUGAUUCCAUCACGAAGACGGAGCGCAAGCUGGGAUUCGGAGGCCCAUUCACAAAAUCCUACGCAACGGGAGGAAAGCCUGUCACUGGUGAUAACCAGAGCGACGAGGAGAUUCUUGGACCUGAUUUCAGGAGGAGCCAGCGUGCCGCAACUGGGUCUCCUGAUAAGAUCACAGUGACCUACGAGGUUCAUACUUCAAGCAGUUAG